CUAACGUACUUUUAUUGCGAAGUUUAAUCCCGGAAGUGAGUGUGGUGGCGGCUGGGCUGAGCUCGUACUGCCUCGGUCUUUGCUGUCCUGAAGCUAAGCUAGCUGAGAGGAUGCCGUCGAUCGAAUACGACGACUCCAAGCCCAGCUGGGCAGACCAAGUCGAGGAGGAAGGAGAUGAAGGAACACUACCAUCCCCCAAGGAAACCAUCAAAGGAAACAUAAAAACUAUCACCGAGUAUAAAAUAGACGAUGACGGAAAGAAGUUCAAGAUUGUGCGGACCUUUAAGAUCGAGACAAGAAAAGCUUCAAAAGCUGUUGCCAGGAGAAAGAACUGGAAGAAAUUUGGCAACUCAGAGUUUGAUGCUCCAGGUCCUAAUGUCGCCACCACCACAGUCAGUGAUGAUGUCUUCAUGACUUUCAUUUCCAGCAAAGAGGACUUGAAUGCCCAAGACCAGGAUGAAGAUCCAAUGAACAAACUUAAAGGGCAGAAGAUCGUGUCUUGUCGUAUUUGCAAAGGCGACCAUUGGACCACCCGCUGUCCGUACAAGGACACCCUGGGCCCCAUGCAGAAGGAGUUGGCUGAACAGCUUGGGCUUUCCACUGCAGACAAGGAGAAGCCUGCUGGCUCUGCGGAACCAGAGCCUGCACAGCCUGCGCAGAGCAAGACUGGAAAGUACGUUCCCCCGAGCCUGAGGGAUGGAGGUACCCGAAGAGGGGAGUCCAUGCAGCCCAACCGCAGAGGUGGGUCUGAUGACAAUGCCACAAUUCGUGUGACCAAUCUGUCUGAGGACACCCGUGAGACAGACUUGCAGGAGCUCUUCAGACCAUUUGGCUCCAUCUCGAGAAUCUACCUGGCCAAAGACAAGAACACUGGGCAAUCAAAGGGUUUUGCCUUCAUCAGUUUCCAUCGUCGGGAGGACGCAGCCAGAGCCAUCGCAGGAGUGUCAGGAUUUGGAUAUGAUCAUCUUAUUCUCAAUGUUGAAUGGGCCAAACCGUCAAACAACUGAGGAAUCCAUCAGAAUAUAUUCAAGGAUGCCAGAUUUAUUGUUGUGGUAAAAUCACGGACGCUGGAAGUGGAAUGGAAAUGCAAAAAAAACGUUGAAAUAAAUAAAUAAAUCUCACACUUAUUA